CCGCGAUUGGACCAACCAGGUGGCUCGUUAGGAGUUGGCAGUUAGAAACGGUCCCCAAAGAUGGCGCUGGUUGGCGGUGAGACUGAGAACGGGGAGCGUUUGUCGGACGAAAACCCCGAGUACGAUCGGCGAAAGGAGAAGGUGGGCGAGAGGCUACAGCGCAGGGACCAGGAGAGGCAGCUGGGGGUGGAGAGGAGGAAGCACCAGAAGGAGGUGCAGACCGCCAAGAAGGAGAAAAUCAACUUUUUCGCCUCGACUUUCUCCGGCGAGAAGUCUGGCGUCGAGGGGCUGUUGGAGGCCUGCGGCUCACUGGACAAGGCCGCUAUGCCCGGCCACUUCGAGCAGGUGGCGGCCAAGAUGCAGCAGCUGCAGAAGUUCCUGAACGACAACAUGAUGUUCCUCUCCCCCUACGACCAGCGCCAGGCGCAGAAGGCUCUGCAGAAGCUCCAGGCCAAUGUGGUCGAGAAGCGGGAGGAGCAUCUCCCCAAGAAGAAAUUCGCCUUCAAGUCCCGCAAGAAGGCGGCCGCCCACGCCCCCAGGUCUGCUUCACCCGCCUCCUUGAUCUCCACCGUCAGCCCGAAACCUGCCGACUCCACAACAAGGGAGGACCAAAACCUAUGCGGCUUUUCAGACGCCGACUCCCAAGUGCUCGUCAGGCGAGCAGAGGAGAUCAAUGGGAAAGACGUGCUCCUGAGCAGGUUGUCCAACUGCGUGGUGAAGCUCUUGGGAUCGCCCAACACCCUGCACAUCAAGAAUGUGACCGACACCAAGGUUUUGUGCGGACCUGUCUCGACCUCGGUCUUUGUGGAUCAAUCAGUCGGUUGCACUUUUGCUGUUGCAUGUCAGCAGCUGCGGACCCAUAACACGAAAGACGCAAACGUAUAUCUGCAUGUGACAAGCAGAGCCAUCAUAGAGGAUUGCACUGGUGUAUCUUUUGCUCCUUUUAACUGGAAGUAUGAAGGCAUCGAGAAGGAUUUUGAGCUGGCAGGUUUGGACAGAACGAAAAACAAUUGGAACAAUAUUGAUGAUUUCAACUGGCUAGCAUCUGAUCAUUCUCCAAACUGGAGAGUCCUGGCUGAAGAGUCUAGAAUAACUGACUGGGACAAAAGUUUGUCACCGUGAGGUGUGGUUGUGCCAAAAUUGAGUGUUUACAGAGCUUUUGCAGAUUAUCAUUUAAAUUUAUUGCGUUCCCAGCCUAUGCUACAAUCUGCAGCUCUACCUAUACUUGAACUUACAUAAAUAGUUUGUAUUGAGCAACAAGCAAGUAAUCUUAAUUUUUGCUUGACUUUGAUUUUGUGAUACUAAUUGGUUUGUCAAUAGACUUAAUAAAUUAUACAGUUUGCACAUG